UUUCCUCUUUUUUUCCAACUUUUGCUUUUUUCGCCCUCUCUCUAGUUUCCUCUCCUCUUUUCUUUUUGUUGAUCUCUGACCCAAUUGUCUGUCUGUGUGCUAUCAAUACCCUCACCACCACCACCACCAAGUUUACCAUCGAAAUCUCAAACAAGAUCCCUCUUCUUCUUCUUCUUCUUCUUGUACCAGCAGCAGCUACUAGGGCUAGAGCUAGAUCUACUAGUAGUGUAGGGCAUGCCAAUUAGUGGUAGCUAGCUAGAUAUCUAGGACUCUCUUCUUACUAGUAACACCAACACCACCGCACAGGAUUUCCAAGAUACCGACCGAGAGCUGAUAUCAUCAUAUCGUUCGCGAUCAAUCGAGAAUUGAAGAUGACUCCAGCUAAUCUGGCAGGGCAGUUUGGCGACACGACUUACACCAAGGUGUUUGUUGGCGGGUUGGCAUGGGAAACCCAGAAGGAAACCAUGAAGAAAUACUUUGAACAGUUUGGUGACAUCUUGGAGGCUGUUGUUAUCACUGAUAAGGCCACUGGGAGAUCUAAGGGCUACGGAUUUGUAACUUUUCGCGAAGCCGAAGCUGCGAUGAGGGCUUGUGUGGAUGCUGCUCCCGUGAUUGAUGGGAGGAGGGCUAACUGCAACCUUGCUUCUCUCGGUGUUCAGAGAUCCAAGCCUUCAACUCCAAAGCAUGGUGGAGGGGGGGGAGGCAGGAGCUUUGGGAGGGUAAUGGGGCCAUUCCAAACAGGGUUUGGAGGAGUGGGAUCAGCUUUUCCCUCUGCGGCAACCUUCCCUCAUUAUGCCAUCCAACAAGGGAUACCUUACAAUCUUUAUGGGUACUCUUCAUACUCGCCAGACUACACUUAUCCUACGAACUACUAUGGUUUGUAUGGAGGGGCAGCAGGCCAGUAUCCUAUGUACGGAACAAGCCCUGCAACUGGGAUGGUGGCCGGAGCAGCAGCGGCGGCGGCGGCAUUUUACCCCUAUCUUUCAUAUGGAUCAGAAGGGAAUGGAGGAGCCGCAGCAGGUGCGUAUGGUAGCUCAGGUGUGCCGAGCUAUGCAACUGGUGUCCAAUACCCCCACCAGCAGCAGCAGCUUUUUCAGUAUUCGACCAUGAAUUCAAGUGGAGUUGGAGGCUACCAGCACUAUGGUCCUCCCAUUUCUCUUGCGCCCUCGCCCGCCUUGCAGUCACCAGUGUGUUUUGCUGUGCCACAGGCGUAACCGUGGCCCUUCCUGCACCAAUUCCUCAUCGCUAGUUCAUCCGAAAGUGCGUGCGUGCAUGCAUGGCUUCAAUUUAUUUGAAACUCGAUUCCACCCUCAUCGGCUGCAAAUGCUUCUGAGUUUUCAGCAACCUCUGGCCUAACCAUGGUUCACUUCUCCAUCUCUCUCUCUCUCGCCGUCUAACACACAAUUAAUUAGCCCAAGCAAUUGGCAUUUGAGCUAAUUAAUUUGCACACAUACAAAGUCUCCCAAAGGGGCUACAUGAAAUCAUUCCAUCUCCACAAUUGGCUGGGGUACGUAGGUACGCGCAUCUCAUGCAUACUCAUGCAUUUCAUUUUCCCCUUGAAGAGUUCCUUUGAAGAGGAACUAAAGCAUCCUUUUAAACACCAACUCAGGCUACUGGGUUUAGCCAAGUUGGAAAAUAGUUUUCGUUGUUUACCUUAAAAUUCUUAGCCCUGGAGAGGCUGAGGCAACAAAAGAAAAAUGUAACUUUUGGCCCAGGAAGGCUAAAGAAAUGCAUAAAAUGGCUUGCGAAUAUUGUAAAUUCAAAACAAAUAGCAAGCCCCUCACUUUUGAAAAUUUUCAAUCCAAAAAUGUUUAAUCCCUCAAUCUUCAGCUAAUCAAUCACCUCAAACAAAAAGAGGCGCGCAAUUUUGGGGAAAAAAACAUGGGCAUGGAAUGCCCCAGUUGUUUUGGCUGUUAGCAACUAGUCUUAGGAUUUUGAAACUAGCUAGGAGCAGUGAUGUUUCUAUAAAGCUUUACCUAGUUUUUGUCAACUUUCACAUAAUAUGUGUCUAACCAACCAACGUUGGAUCUUUUUUCCUUUAGGGUAAAGGGAAGAAAAUCCCUAACUCUUGUUCGUUUCUUGUAAAUUCAUCAAGUGUGGCUAAACUAUUGGAGUUUUAGCCCCAUUUCACUAAUUUAAUUUUAGGAGGGAUAGUUUUUAGCAUUAGCUUUUAGCUAUAGCUGGUACAAAUCUCAUCAUCCUUUUGAGCACUCCACUAAUGGGUGUGGAGCUCAAAAGCAUCUGCAUGUAAUCCUCGGGAGAUAUUUUGGUUCCCUUGGGUUCUUCUCCACUAACGCACCAACCAUGGUUAGGACUUAGGGCUUCCUUACUCUUCUCUCUCUCUCUCUCUCUCUCUCUCUCUCUCUCUCUCUCUCUCUCUCUCUCAUGUUCAUCUACUACUUGGAAAUGGACCUUGAUACCCUUUUAAUUAUGUGUAAGUCUAUGCUUUGGAUUGUAAUUAGGGAUCCUAUUAAGGACAGUUAUGAUUCAUUCUCCAUCGCUGCUGGUUGAGAAUGGAUAUGCUACUCACUACUAUGCUUUAAAUUGAGACUUUUUUGUUUAAUAUUCUGAUGAUGAUAUUAAUUGAGACUUUUAAUUGCUUAA